AUGGAUCGCGAUCAGAUCCUGACGCCGCGAGCUGUCGAGGGCAUGAUUGCCCAAGGCGGCAUCAUUGUCAUCUUUGAGGAUUAUGUCCUGCGACUCGACUCAUGGCUCGAGAAACAUCCCGGCGGUCGGCUGGCAAUCUUGCACAUGGUCGGCAAGGACGCCACCGACGAAAUCAGCGUAGGAGGCAUCUACCGUCCAUUGGGCACAUCAACAAGCUCACCUGCAUCGAGCACACUGCUAGACGACAGCCUGGACCAGGACCUGGACCUGAAUGCCGAUGCCGAGGAGGUUGCUCCAGUGCCAGUGCCGGCAGCUCCCAACCAACACCACCCCGGCCCCGGCAUCUCUUCCGCAUGCAUUACCCUGAAUGGUGAGGAGGACGAGGGUCUUCUCCUCUGCACCCCACAGGCCCUUCCGGCUCUUCGGAGGCGCAUCACCAGCACCAACUCCCCCGGGCGGAGCGACGCCGGCCCCGCUGCCGGCCGCCCCGGACAGGACCUCUGCUCUAAGCUGCUCAACGUCGCCGACGACACUGACCGCUAUGGUAGCGACAGCGGCUAUGACACCGCGAGCAGGCGAGACGAGGAAGAGGAGCCCGAUUCCGAAGCAGUGACAGUAGCAGAAGGAAGCGAGACCACUGACAGCGUGCCCACCAAGUGUCCCAUUGAAUACACUGAUUGGGCGAUCCAACAAGGAGUCUACCACGAUCUUCGAGACUUCCCAUCGCUGGCUCCCGCUGUUCAGCAGGACAUUGUCCACAAGUAUAGACUACUUCAUCGGCAAAUCCAGGACGAAGGCCUUUACGACUGCAGAUAUAUAGAGUACGGUAAAGAAAUGGUGCGAUACCUCAGUCUGUUCGCCGUUUUCCUCUUCGCCAUCUACCACGCCUGGUAUCUUACCGGCGCCGUCUUUCUCGGCUUAUUCUGGCAUCAAAUUAUGUUUACCGCACACGACGCUGGGCAUCAUGCCAUAACCCACAACGGAACUAUGGAUAGCCUCAUCGGCAUGUUCAUUGCCGACUUCUGCUGUGGCCUGUCCAUCGGAUGGUGGAAGAGCAGCCACAAUGUUCACCAUCUCGUCACCAACCAGCCGGAGCAUGACCCGGAUAUCCAGAACAUCCCUCUAUUCGCCACCUGCCCGUCUUUCUUCAAGUCCAUCCAUUCCACCUACUAUGACUUCUCAUUUGUCUGGGACAGCGUUGCCAACUUUCUGGUUCCGUAUCAGCAAUACACCUACUACCCGAUAAUGGGCAUUGCGCGCUUCAAUCUCUACCUCCUCUCGUGGCUUCACGUGCUAUCCUCCAAGUCAUCCUCACUUGGAAAAAGCAAGGCAUACUGGAUCCGACCUACCGAGAUCGCUUUCAUGAGCUGCUAUUGGGCAAUAUUUGGUUACGGCCUGCUCUGGUGCACGCUUCCGACAUGGACCAUACGGGUUGCUUUCGUGCUGGUGUCACACAUCAUCACCAUGCCCCUGCACGUCCAGAUCACCUUAUCGCAUUGGGGUAUGUCAACCUCGGAUCUCGGCGAGGCAGAGUCCUUCCCUCAGCGACAACUGCGGACUACCAUGGAUGUCGACUGCCCCGCGUGGCUUGACUUCAUCCACGGCGGAUUACAGUUCCAGACCGCGCAUCACAUGUUCCCGCGAGUUCCGCGACAUAACUUGCGGAGGGCACAGGCGCUGUGUAUGCAGUUUUCCAAGGACACCGGUAUUCCAUAUUCGAUCAUGGGGUUCGUGGAUGGCAAUCGCAAGGUCAUGGGCCGCCUGGGACAGAUAGGCGAACAGGUUCGCAUUCUGAUCAGUUGCCAGAAGUACAUGGCCGAGACGGGAGAGAGUGGACUGCAUUAG